AUGGACAGCCGUUUUAGAAGUCAUACCGAUUACUUGUACAAACAUGUAACUGUAUCUAUCUUUCUUUCAACCAUUUUUUCUUUCUCUGAAUUCUUUUUUUCUUAUCUCUACAAAAUGGAAACUUUUUCCAAUUCUUUCUUUCUCUCUCUCUCUUUCCAAUUCUUUUUCUUUCUCUCUCUCUUUAAAAUUUUUUUUUCUUUCUUAAAUUCUUUCCGUUUUUUCUUUAAAAUUUUCUCUCUUUCUAUUUCUUUCUUGCAAUUCUUUUCUUUUCAGAAAUUUCUUUUUUUGUCUUUCUUUCUUUCAUUUUCUUUCUUUCUUUAUGAAAAUAAAAAUUUCUUUUUUCUUUCUUUCUUUCUUUUUUCAUUUCUUUUUUUUGGAUUUCCAUUUUCUUCUUUUCUCAAUCUCUCUUUUAUUUUCUUUCUUUUUUCUUUUUUUUUCUUUCUUUCUUUCUCUUUCCAAUUCUUUCUUUUUUCUCUUUUCUUUCUUUCUUUUUUCAAGAAUUUUUUUUCCAAGAUUUCUUUCUUUCUUUCUUUUCUUUUUUCAAUUCUUUUUCUAAUUUCUUUUUUUUCAUUUUCCAAUUUCUUUUUCUUUCUUUUUCUCUUUUCAAUUCUUUUUUUUUCUCUUUCUUUUCUCUUUUUUCUUUCUUUCUUUUUUCUUUCUUCUCUCUCUUUUUUCAAUUUUUUCUUUCUCUCUCUCUUUCCAAUUCUUUUUUUUUUUUCUUUCUUUCUUCUUUCCAAUUUUUUUUUCUUUUCUUUUCAUUUCUUUUUCAAUUCUCUUUUUUUCUUUCUCUCUCUCAAUCCAAUUUCUUUCUUUCUCUCUCUCAUUCAUAACUUAUUCAACUUUCUCUCUCUCUCUAAUUUUCAUUUCAUUUUUCUCUCUCUCUCAAUUCUUCCAAUUCAUUCUUUCUUUCUCUAA